CAGGAAAUCUGUGUGGUUUAAAUGCAAACUGGAAGCUCUUUUGCAAGCAAAUUGUGAGCAGAGAGUGUGUUUAGAGCACUGAGCAGCAUGGUCAGCCGUGUGGAGCAUCCUGCUGCAGGCUACAGGAAGAUCUUUGAGACAGUGGAGGAGCUGAAUGAGCCGAUACCUGCAAAGAUCACUGGUGUUAUACCGUCAUGGCUGGGCGGCAGUCUUCUCAGGAUGGGUCCAGGUCUUUUCGAGGUGGGGGACGAGCCUUUCUACCACCUGUUUGAUGGACAGGCUCUAAUGCACAAGUUUGACCUGAAGAACGGGCAGGUGACUUAUUACAGGAGGUUUAUCAGGACGGACGCAUAUGUUCGAGCUAUGACUGAAAACAGGGUGGUCAUCUCUGAGUUUGGCACAGCAGCCUACCCAGACCCCUGCAAAAACAUCUUCUCCAGAUUCUUUACGUACUUCAGAGGCAUUGAAGUGACUGAUAACUGUUUAGUGAACGUUUAUCCAAUCGGUGAAGACUUCUACGCUGUCACAGAGACCAAUUACAUCACCAAGGUUGAUCCUGAUUCGCUGGAGACGUUAAAGAAGGUGGACCUGUGUAAGUACCUCUCAGUGAAUGGGGUGACGGCCCACCCCCACACUGACACAGAUGGUACAGUCUACAACAUCGGCAACUGUUUUGGCAAGAACAUGAGUCUGGCUUAUAACAUCGUCAAGAUCCCACCUGCUCAGAAAGACAAAGCAGAUCCCAUAGAGAAAUCACAGGUGGUGGUUCAGCUUCCCAGCAGUGAGAGGUUAAAGCCUUCCUACAUGCACAGUUUUGGUAUGACAGACAACUACUUUGUGUUUGUGGAGCAGCCGGUGAAGAUCAACCUGCUCAAGUUCCUGUCGGCUUGGAGCAUCAGAGGAGCCACGUACAUGGACUGCUUUGAAUCCAAUGACAGCAUGGGGACGUGGUUCCAUCUGGCCACUAAAGACCCAGCAGGUUAUCUGAGCAGCCACAAGUUCAGAACAUCAGCUUUCAACCUCUUCCACCACAUCAACACCUACGAAGACGAGGGAUUCAUUGUCGUCGACCUCUGCACAUGGAAAGGUCAUGACUUUGUGUAUAACUACCUGUACCUGGCCAACAUGAAGGAGGAGUGGGAGGAGGUGAAGAAAGCAGCGAUGAGAGCUCCUCAGCCUGAGGUCAGACGAUACGUACUGCCACUGGAUAUACACAGGGAGGAGCAGGGGAAGAAUCUGGUGUCUCUGUCCUACACCACAGCUACUGCUGUACUUCACAGUGAUGGCACCGUCUGGCUUGAACCUGAAGUCCUCUUUUCUGGACCACGACAGGCCUUUGAGUUUCCUCAGAUUAACUACUCUCGGUGUCGUGGGAAGAAGUAUUCCUUCGCCUACGGUCUGGGACUCAACCACUUCAUCCCUGACAGGAUAGUCAAGCUGAACGUGCAGACCAAAGAGACCUGGGUGUGGCAGGAGGAGGAGUGUUACCCGUCAGAGCCGCUGUUUGUACCAACACCUGGAGCUACAGAGGAGGAUGAUGGUGUGCUGCUGAGUAUCGUGGUGAAGCCUGGUGCAGAGAGACCAGGCUUCCUGCUGGUGCUGGAUGCCAUGAAACUGACUGAGCUGGCCAGGGCAGAGGUCAACACCAUCAUCCCCGUGACCUUGCACGGCACGUACAAACCAUGACCCCGACUCUAGAGAGUCCGAGUCCUGCUCACCCUGCAUGACAUCUGAGGAGACUUUAAUAACUGGUAUGAAAAUGGUUUACAAAUGAGUAUUACUCUUCAUUUUUGGGACAACUGACCACUGUGUCUUAUAGCUGGUGCAGAAAAACAGUGCUUGUGCAUUGACGAAGUGACGCCAGCAUGAAGUCACAGAGUUUACUUUGCUUUUGCUAAGACCUUUUGACAAAUACAACCACAUUUACUGCAUUGAAAAUGUUGUACAUUAUGACUAAAACAGCAUCUGCAGAUUUAUGAAAUCAUUCUUGUUAAGCAAAGACUACAAUUAAAUACAUACAAAAUCUUUUUGCAACAUAUUUUACAAGGCAUUCAGUUUUAUUCUUUUAUACAAAUAAAACCAAUUACAAUAACCAUUUUACUUUUGUAAUUACAUUACUUAUUACAGUGUUGUGUUACAGUGUUUAGACAACAGUCACCUUAAAAUAAACCUGUGCUACACAUACAUCUUCCUGUGAGCUGCAGCUGGAGAGCAGAGUUCCUAUCUUUCGUGUCCUGACCAUUUUUAGCACAUCAAACCUAGAAGAGAAGCAGUUUUCACAAAAAUACAUUUCCAUCCAGUAUUUGCUGGUGGCUUUCCUCUGACCAGAUGAAAACAUAUCAGUGUA